AUGGAGCGUAUCCCCAGAUUCGACGUCGCCUCAGACCUCUCAGACCACCACUACGCCCACCCUGAUUGCACCAUCGGUGGCCGAAACACAGCCUAUAAGACGAUCAUGAGCGAGUGGAAAUCUCUACGCAAGAACCUCCCGGACUCGAUUUAUGUGCGUGUGUACAGAAAUCGCAUCGACCUACUGAGGGCCGUGAUUGUUGGAGCCGUCGGCAGGCCCUACCACGACGAGCUGUUCUUCUUCGACGUCAAGUUCCCAACUGACUAUCCAAACCAACCACCACUUGUCUAUUACCAUUCCCACGGGUUGAGGCCCAACCCGAAUAUGUAUGCAAACGGCAAGGUCUGUUUGAGCUUGCUUAACACCUGGGUCGGGAAAACGAACGAGAGGUGGAAUCCAAACCAGUCAACCAUCCUCCAAGUACUGGUCUCCAUACAAGGACUUGUUCUUAACGAGAAGCCCUUCUAUAAUGAACCUUGUCGCCUUCGCAUAUUUCAGGAGGCGAAGUCCCGUCGUUACAACGAGGACCGUAAUGCGUUCAUCACAACCUGCAAGAUGACGAUUUAUCUGCUCCGGAAACCGCCCAACAAUUUCGAGCUUUUCACUGUCGAGCACUUUAGACAGAGAGCAAAUCGGAUAUUGAGAGCUUGUGAUGCGUACGCUAACAGCCGUGUAGGAGUCAGUUACUACAGGGAUCACAAUGAUGAAGACCCGAGGACAGAGUUUCAGUUUUUUUUUUUUGUAAGCGUAGAGAGGACCAACAUCCUCUUAUGA